GUGGUCAGGCGGUGGGCGUGGCCGUGGUGAUGGGCGUGGCCCGUGAAAGGGGCGUGGCCUCACGGGGGCGCGGGCAACGGGGAUCCCCGCCCCCCCAAGAUGGCGGCGCCUGAGGCGUUGGCUGGAGGCUCCCGUAACAGGCCCAGGCAUCGCCCUGACCUGCCGCCUCCUCUCCUCUGCUCUGUGUUUGUUUAAAAUAAACCCCCUGCAGCCACACUUAGGAAUCUGUCGGGUCUGCGAGCCCCGGCUGGCAUCGUUUCAGCGCAAACGAUAGUCGCACCUCUCUCGCGAGCAGCGAGCUGAGCCUGAGGGUUGGCUGAGGGAGGUGUUGCAUAGCAAAAAUAAAAGUUUGUUUUAUGCCUGCGUUUUUCUGUAAGCUCCCAGCCUGCUGUGAGCUGCUGUGUUCUGUGUUACACACAGUAACUUUGAGCACUCUGGGGAAACUUAAAAGGAGUGGAGGAACAGGAGAAAGGGAACGGCUUCCCACUGAUAGGGAGCAGGGUUAGGUGGGGGAUUGAGAAUAAAUCGUUCCCUGCGAGCCCCUGGCACCGGCUGCCCAGAGGAGCUGUGGUGUCUAAUCCCUGGCAGUGUCCAAGGCCAGGCUGGACAGGGCUUGGAGCAACCUGGGAUAGUGGAAGGUGUCCCUGCCCAUGGCAGGGGGUGGAAUGAGAUGAACUUUAAGGUCUUAAAACGCCAUUUUCUCCACAAAACCCUUGAGUGCUUUCCAGGGCCGCUGUCUGUGUACCCUCCAGAGCCUGCAGAAAUGUACUGAAUGCGACUACAGAAAUGAAUGAAAUGGGCAGGGCAAUUUGGAAUUGCUUGUAAGUAUUUGGAGGAGCAGCAAGUGUUGUCACUGAUAAGGACCAAGUGACAACUUUUUUACUAUCAGAGAGGUACAUGGCGAGUUUUAAGUCCCGUGUUGUGACAAACUGUACCAGUUUGGGUACAAACCGAGUACCCAGACUGGUCCAAAGCCAGUACCUCUUAAAAACAAGGCUGGGAAGAGAGCGUGCAAGAGGCAGCUGGAAUUGUGCUGCUGCACAGGCAUUGCCAGUUUCAGUCAAACACAGCGUUUUAAAGGCAGAAGCACGUCUGGAGUGAAGCAGAAAGCAGCUGCUGCGAGUCAGGCACGGCGUGGCUCCGUGCAGGAGCUGGCAGUCCCACAGCCUUCCAGGUUUUAUGGGGCAGCAGGGCUCCUGUGCUUGUGCUCCUGGAAACAAGGAGUGGGGGGAAAGGAAAGAAACCCCGCCUUUUAUGACCCUGGGGAGCUGGACAAGCGCCAGGGCAGCUAAAGGCCGGUGAGUUCAGGCCAGCAAUCUGUAGCUCUGGAUGAGUUCCCAGGGGAAUUCCGAGGGGUCGGAGCGGGGGUUACCGUCAGUUUCGGGGUGUGACAGCUCUGUGCCCGUCCCCACGGUGGGUGCAGGCAGCUCUCCCACACACUCAGGGCAGCCUGGACGCUCUGGGGCAGCGGAGGCGGCUUCAUCCUGCCCCCAUCCGUCCUCGGGGACGUGUGGCUGCUGGCUCUGCGCCCCGGGGAACUCCGAGACGCCCGUCCUUCCUAACUCAGGCUCUGCUCUUUGUCCUCCCAGGCUGGGCCGGGGUGCAAUGGCAGCCUCCUCCUCAUCCUCCUCGGCCGGAGGGGUGAGUGGCAGCUCCGUGACAGGCUCGGGGUUCAGCGUCUCGGACCUGGCGCCGCCCCGGAAAGCCCUCUUCACUUAUCCCAAAGGAGCCGGGGAGAUGCUGGAAGAUGGCUCUGAGAGGUUCCUCUGCGAGUCAGUGUUCAGCUUCCAGGUGGCAUCGACGCUGAAGCAGGUGAAGCACGAUCAACAAGUCGCAAGGAUGGAAAAACUUGCCGGUCUGGUGGAAGAGCUGGAGGCAGAUGAGUGGAGGUACAAGCCAAUAGAGCAGCUCCUGGGAUUCACUCCCUCCUCGGGCUGAGCGUGUCUGGAUCGCUGCUGUCAGGGAGCAGAAGAAAAACAUUCCCUGGCCAGGCUUCAAAACACCCCCCAUCAUUUAUCAGAUGCUAACAGCUGCAUCGGCACGAUGGGGCUUUGGGUUUUUUUGAGAGUGGGGAUCCCCCGUGAAGCUGCCAAUAAACGGAAAUGACGGGAUUCUCUAGGUCCUUACAGGCUGGCAGGGCUUGGUUUCUGUAACUUAGAAGGCAGGAUGAGCUGUGCAGCCCUCGGAGAAUCUCCGUGUUGUUUACAGAGGAGGGCACGGGGACAGCGUGGCUGCGGGGUUCCCGCUGGAGCGCAGCCGGGGCGCCGGGUCAGCGGGGAAACCCUCUGCAGCGAGUGCCAGGAGCGCUCCUCAGCCCCGGCUGUCGUGCUGGGGGAUGGGCACAAACUGUCCUGGGGUCGGGUGAGGGGCCAGGCGGUGUCACCUGCUCCAGCAGUGCCUCAGCCACUGCCCGAGCCGUUCCCCCUCCAUCGCCGUUCCUCUGGUAGCGCUGGCAGAAUGCUGCUCUGUCUGUAAUACCCUGAAACUUGGUCCUCUUUGUUCUGUAUUAGAUUUCUCUGUGACAAUAAAACGACUCGGAAACUCUUUACCUGGUCUGAUGAGGGAAACAUUCGGUUGUUUGGGAGCUAAGGAGGUUUAGUGAAGCUCAGAAGCAGAUCGACUGUCGUGGUGGUAGACUGGAGUUCAACGUGAGAGGAACCAAACCAUGCUCAAAAGUGUCUUGAUUUAAGCCAGAUUUUAAUCUUGGUUUAAUCCAGCCAGAGGAGAAGACCUUGGUUUAAAACCAUCCAUUUUAAUCAUCUUGUUUUUCGGUUGUACUUCACUUCUGUUCUUGGAGGGAACUGGAUUUCCAUGUUCUGGCGUAACCAUUUCAACAUGUUGAUUUUCCAUGGAUGAGAGCCUUCACCCCACGGCUCUGCUGGCCAGCAGGGGGUAGGAGCAGCACCGUAUGCAAGCAAUUAUUUGAUUUACUGCUCCAGAUGCCUAAUUUUUCCAUUUUCAACAUCUUACUUACGAGAUGAUUGUG